AUGGCGACAACAAUUUGGGACGGACUGAUUGAUCGCCGUUUCGGCAAGGUUUUGCGAACAAUCAGUGGAUUUUUUGCUGGGCUUUCGACACAAGAGCUUCGUCGGGCCAAGUUAGAUGAGUUCAAACUACCGAGUCGCCUCAAGAAACACUGCUCUCACGAGAUUGCUGAAAACUCUUCGACAGCCCACGACCGGUCUUACCCCUUCAAGGGUCUCAUUAGUCCACGAGUUUCCGUCUUCUUAAACCCAAAUUGGACCGAUUUCAACAAAUACAGUCGUUUGCAAAUCAGUUUGGUUUUCACGGUAGACUCAAUUGAACCUCAGAUUUAUGAUAUUCUUUAA